UGUUAGAGGAACAACACCUCAGCUUCCGACUAGACGAUGCUAAAUUCAACAGCUCAAGGUAGUUCGCUGUCCCCUGCCCUCCCGGUUGACGGAUAUAGGAAUCCCUGUGAUACCAGGAGUCUUGGGAGCGCACUACGAUUCAGCUGAGCAGAGUGGAGCAGGCGAUGUGUGCAUAAGACAACAGUGAAUGAAUCGCAGUCUUCAGAGGGACAUCCAGUGAGGGAAACUGCUCGAAAACAAUUAACAUGAUGAAAGCCAAGAUGGCAGUAAUCUGCGCUAUCUUAAUUACCUUUCUCAUUGUGGAGUCCUGCUGUACUCCAAAGAGCAAAGUUACUCCAAGAAACUGGGGUCCACAGUCCAUGCUAUAUCUGAAAGGACGAUAUGGGAGGAGAUCUACUGAGGACAAUGGUUCUUAUAACUCUGAAAUAAACACCUGGAACCUUCUCCUUGGAGAUUACAAAAGGACACGAGCUCUUGGAGACCAGGAUCACUGGAAACAAGCAAAUGCUAAAAAUAUCAACCAUAUGAAUAUGAAGUAGAAUGUUUUCUGAGUAACCUAAUGCAAUACAUGGACAAACAUUCAUUCUAUUAUAGUUAAACUUCAUGAAGCAUUCUUAAGAGAUGGGUGGGA